AUGCCUUCUCCCUUCCACCAGAAGUACUCCUCCCAGACUCACAAAGUCUUUGGAGACAAUACCACGCCAGCUAUGCCCGAGGGCCCCAAGCAGGAUGCUGACCGAAGGGCAUCCGACUCCUCAAUCGGCUCUGGACCAUCGUCACCGACAGAGCGACGAAGGUCUUCCGUAACGAACCGAUUCGCAAAUCUCGAAGCCCUCAAGAGGCCCACCGAUGAGCAGAGCGUGAAUAGAAGGGCCAGCUUGCAAGACUCAUACGGAAAGGUCGGCAUAUUUGGAAGGGCGUGGAACAACUUCACGCGUGGGCCGGCUAGUCCACAGUCACCGCCGGCACAGAAACAGGCCCGGGACACGACGACCUUGAGCCAGUGA